GCUAACGGUCCACUAUAAAAAGCUUCUUCUAAAUGGAAUGGUCAGAAGAGAACUGUGAGUCUUUCCACUUGGAUCCUAUAGGCCACGGAAACUCAUUCAGUGAGAAAGGGCUCUUUACAAUUACUUUUCCUUAUCCACCCAAAAGGAGCAAUGAUGUUCCCUAGUGCACUUGCGGCUCCCGAUAUGUACCCCAGACUACUUCGACCGCCGGCAGCUCACUCUCUGCCCCAGUCCUUGCAUUCAGCGUUCGCCGCCCACUCAAGCUUUUUGGUGGAGGACCUGUUGAGGAUCAGCCGGCCAGUGAGCUACUUGCACCGGACGAUUCCGUUACCCAGCGUGUCUCCCCCGGGAUCAGGAGCCACCACGCUGACCUGCAGUCACCACACUGACCAAGCUGUCAUCACCACUUCAGCACAGACAAGAACGGGCUCUCCUCAGAACCCACUCUCCAUCAACAACGACCCUAACUAUCUGAAGUUUGGAGUUAAUGCCAUCCUAGCACCAGAAACGAGAAACGCAUCGUGUACACCAUCAAUGCAUCAUGCCAUGCACGGGAAAACCUUCCCUCUGCCAUAUUUUGACGGAUCGUUUCACCCCUUCCUCAGAGCAUCCUAUUUUCCAGCAUCGUCUUCAGUGGUUCCUAUCCCUGGUACCUUUUCAUGGCCGCUGGCUGCAAGAGGAAAGCCCAGGAGAGGGAUGCUCCGACGGGCAGUGUUCUCUGAUGUCCAGCGCAAAGCCCUGGAGAAAAUGUUUCAGAAACAGAAAUACAUCAGCAAACCAGACAGAAAGAAGCUGGCUGCAAAACUUGGGCUAAAAGACUCACAGGUGAAAAUAUGGUUCCAAAACCGAAGAAUGAAAUGGCGCAAUUCCAAAGAGAGGGAGUUGUUGUCGUCCGGAGGUUGCCGGGAACAAACCCUUCCAACUAAAAUGAACCCCCACCCGGACCUCAGUGACGUCGGGAAGAAGUCCUGUGAGGAGGUGGAGGAUGCGUUCAGGCGGGACAGCCCGCGUUCAGCCUUCUGCCGCUCGCCAUCAGAGCGCGAACUUUUGAACAGUGUGGAGUCGCACCUCUCUUCGCCUUGCAACUCCAGCAAGCACUCCGACUUCUCAGAAUCAGAGGAUGAAGAGAUUACAGUGUCUUAGUUGUGCAUAACACAUACAUUAUGCUUAUAUAAAGUUUAAACACAUACUGUAUAUUGUCACAUAUAUUGUAUAUAGACAUUAUUACCCAAAUGAGACCCAUGCAUUCUUUAAUUUGAACACAUAGCCUAUUUGUCUGUGAUAUAACCAAUUCUCCUAUAUGUUAAAUGUAGGGGGUCAUAUUGGUUGAGGCAGAUAUUUCAGUACUUAUUAAGCAAAUUUGACAUAUUUUUGCACCUUUUACUCUUUGUACCAUAUUUUGUAAGGGGCAUUUUUAUACCAAGAGGAUUAUAUCCGAUUACAAUGCUAUUGUGAAAAGGCCAGGCUCUUACAAUCCAGAUGCAAUGUCUUUAAUCUAUGUUCAAUGUAUAACUUAAAAAUACAUAUAUUAUUUGUAUGCUUUCUUUAAAUGUUUGUAUUUUGAGAGUAUUUUUUUCCAAAUAAAACUAGAAAAUGUAAA